AUGAGUGCCGAAAUAAGCAGCAAAAUUUCUAUUGAAGAUAUUGCUAACAACAAUAUUAAGGAAACGGUGUUUGAUAUGAGUAAUAUCAAACUGGAAAGAGGGGAUACACCUAAAGAUAUUAAGGACCGGUGCUAUCAAUUGUGUCGCAACUAUUUGGCCGAUGUUUGGCUAACAGUCGGUAUCGAUGACAUUGAGGUCAGACGUUUGAGCGGUGGACUCACCAAUCAGUUAUACUAUUGUGCUAUCAAUGAUAUACACCGUACCAAUGAUGCCAGUGCUCCACAAGAAGUAGCCAUCAGAUUAUAUCAAACAAAACAUUUCAAUGAAAAUGAGAGAACUAGUGAUAUGAUUAUUGGUUUAAUGGUCUCUCAGUGCGGUUUGGGUCCCAAACUGUACGGUGUGUUUCCUGAUGGACAGAUUCAAAAAUUUUACAAGCACAAAAAUUUUCGUAAAGAACAACAAACGGAUCCUAAAUUAGUUGAAGAGUUGGCACAAAAGUUGGCCCGUAUUCACGCCAUGGAUGUACCCAUUAGUAAGACUACUCAUUGGUUAUUCAGGUAUUUCGAUGACAACUAUAGUGAGGAUAACGAAAUGUUUGAUAUGCCGGCGCUUAUCAAAGAAACUAAUAGCGAAACUUUACAAAAGUUUGAUUUAAGACUGGAGUUAGAUUGGCUUAAAAAUACAAUCGUUAAGUUUGACUCUCCCGUUACCUUCACUCACGUAGACUUCCAAACCAGUAAUAUUAUGGUUACCGAAAAUGACGGAAUAGUUUUGUGCGAUUUCGAGUAUUCCUGUUAUGGCUACCGGGGCUAUGAUUUUGGCUCUAUUUUCAUUGAAUGGGGAAAAAAGUUUUGGGGCGAUAAUCAAAAUGAUGAUAAACCACAAGAGUUUGCUGAUGACAGUCAAAUAGUACCGUUCCUCGAGUGGUAUAUUUUGGAGUCAACUAAACUAUUAGGCGAUAAGUUUGCAAAAGACCCCCGAAAUAAUGUUAAUCGUAUGCUAAGGGAAGUCAAACUAUUUUCAAUGGUAUCGACAAUGUUUGGAGUGUUAUUCAUGUAUAAUAUGAAAGAAUCGAUAUUUAAUACAAUAGAGUUCAAUAAAAAACAACAAAUGUUAAUGACUGAGAAGACAUAUAAAGCAUAUCAAGAUUUAAAAUCAAAGUUUAUUAUACAAAAUGUAUUCAACAGUGAUUUAGAUUAA